CGUCCCGCCUAAACUCAUCGCAUUCAAACCCCCCCUUUCCUUCUCUCUCUACUGUAGUAUGAGUUCCAAAGCAGGUCAAGAUAGUGUUGAUCUCUGGUCUGAAAUCGCAGCCACAGAGGAAGGGGAGGGAAACAGGGAACAACAGAUUGCUGUUAUUUACAGAAGAAGAAGAAGGACCGAGAACACUCUCAAAGAUGUAGACACAAACCAGCCCAGUUUGAAUAAUGGGAAUCGGCUGAGUUUGGCUGCUCCAGUUAAGAGAGUUAGUUGGAAUCGUUCUCUUUCCAUCAGAGGGAGGACGAGCAUUGCGGUAUUUGCAUGUGUGGAGUACCAACCUCAACAAAGGAAGCCCAGAAGGAAAGCAAAACCACCUCUUCCCAGAGGAAAAUUUGUACAGCCUCAAAGCUUUGAACAGGAGCGGGCAUACUUUCAAGAGGUUGAUGCAUAUGAAUUGUUGGAGGAAAGCCCCUCUCCCAAGAGGUUUGGUACAUGGGCCAUGGGUGUCCAAAAUGAUGACAUUGUUUUACCACAUUUGUCCUCAGUAUUAAACAAAUGGUUAAUUGCCAAGAAGCUAAAUUACAGUUAUGGACCAUCUGGCUCCCUAUCUAAGAUACUAGAAACUCCAGCAAUGCCUAUGGAACCUAUUUGUGGUGAUGGUUUUGAUGCUUCAACUGUGAAAACCCCUGAGAAAGCUUCUCCCCAAGUCUGUUUGGGUUUGCAUUCUGUUCAGGACAGAUUUAAUUCAAAUUUCAUGAAUAAAGAUGUUGUUGAAAGGCAAACAGGAUCACAAAAGAGCAAUGAAGUGUCCUUGACCACAGGUGACGAGGGGUGUGAAGAUAUAGAUGUGGCGAUUAAGAAACUCUCAUUGACAUCAAGGUCUGCAUCAUUGGGUGGGGACCACUGGGAUUCAUUUUCAGCACUGCUAACAGUUUGUGAACAGUCUGCUCCAUCGACUUUGUUAGAUGUAUUCUCGAAGUAUUGUGAUCCAGAAAGCAUUGUCAAAAUCGGUGAAGGUACGUAUGGUGAAGCUUUCAGGGCUGGUAAAACUGUCUGCAAAAUAGUUCCAAUUGAUGGAGACUUACUAGUGAAUGGAGAAGUACAAAAGAGAUCAGGUGAAUUGCUUGAGGAGGCCAUACUUUCCCGAACUCUUAAUCAUUUACGAGGGGAUGGGGGUCAUGUUAACAAUUCCUGUACCAGCUUCAUAGAAACGCUAGAUUUAAGGGUAUGCCAAGGCCCUUAUGAUGCAGCCCUGAUACGAGCAUGGGAAGAUUGGGAUGAAAAGCAUGGUUCAGAAAAUGAUCAUCCUAGAGAAUUUCCAGAAAAACAGUGCUAUGUUGUGUUUGUUCUAGAACAUGGUGGUAAGGAUCUUGAAAGCUUUGUGCUUUUGAACUUUGAUGAAGUACGGAGUUUAUUGGUUCAGGUUACAUUUGCCUUGGCUGUGGCAGAAGCUGCAUAUGAAUUUGAACAUCGUGAUCUACACUGGGGUAACAUACUUCUAAGUCGGAAAGAUUCUGAAAUGUUGCAGUUCACUCUUGAGGGAAAGAAUAUGUUUGUCAGAACAUUUGGAUUGUCCAUAUCCAUAAUUGAUUUUACUCUUUCCAGAAUCAAUACUGGCGAAGCUAUACUUUUUCUAGACCUAUCUUCAGACCCAGAACUCUUUAAGGGUCCAAAAGGAGACAAACAGUCAAAUACAUACAGGAAGAUGAAGGAGAUAACUGAAGAUUUCUGGGAGGGAAGUUUCCCCAAAACAAACGUGCUGUGGUUGCAGUAUUUGGUGGACAUUUUGCUAUUGAAGAAAUCUUUUAAACGAACCUCAAAGGAUGAGAGAGAGUUACGUUCACUGAAGAAGCGUAUGGACAACUAUGGCUCAGCAAAAGAAGCAACCUCUGAUCCUUUCUUCACUGAUAUGUUUGUUGAUCAUGCCAUUUGAGAGAAACCCGAUAUAAGGGCAGGCAAGGAAAAUAGGUGGUAGUAUUUGUAAUGACCUUUAGUUUUCUAGAAACAAACUCAGUUUCUGCAGUGUUUAUUGUUUAUUGCACUGGAGGCAGAAAAUCCUGUUCUGAGUAGAUGACUCUCCUUUUUUGAAUUUUGUCUAGAUUUUCAAUGUAACGAAAAGUGGAUAUGGUGGAAAUGGUUUAAAUUAAGUGUACAGUGAAUUUUAACUAAUUGUGCCUUUGCAUUGUGA